AUAUAGAUCUGCUGUCAUGCUGUCAGAUUGUUAGCGAUGGCGUCAAAAAAACGCGGUUUUCGGCUGGCGUUCUUAAUUUGUUGUUACUGAUAAGCUCGGCUCGUACAGGAUACAGCCACUCGCGCGAUACCGACAUUCCCCGUUUCAGUAAGGAUCUGUUAACGCUGUAGCGACCCCAAAACUACGCCAAAAGCUUCCGCCAGGCGCUGACAUGCUGAAAACAAGCACCGCAACGAACGAUAACGGCACUAACAAGGUCAGCGAAUGUAAUGUUGUCGAUGAAUCACCGUCUCAACGUCAACGCGAAGGUCAGCAACCACCAGCACCAGUACCACCAACCGAACAAAGCACGGCCGACGAAAUAUGUUACGAUCUGGCCCAGUUUCGUACCGUGCGCGUGCUGAACAAUAACAGUACGCACAAGUGUGUCGCCCUGCUGGGGCAUUUCGGCAAUCUUUCGCCAGACAAGCAGGCCAUCGUCGUGCUCGAAAAGCGGGCCUUCACCGAGACCGAGAUUACGACAGCUUGCACGCCAACGCAGCGUGAAAAAAUUGCACACAGUGAAAGUGAACCCGAGCGUGCGAACGUGGGCGAGAAAGCGGUACCAGCUGGCAGCGAGCGGACGUUUUUCACCUCGUCUUCCCGUUUGCACAAGGAGUUCGUUAAUGACGUGUACGGGAACUUCCUUUGCACGGUGGAUCCCGAGCUGAACCGUUUGAAGGUGUCCAUCAUCUAUCCCGCUUCGGAGAAACAUAUCGUGAAGCAUACUGCACAGCAUCGGUACAUGGUCGAUGAGACGGCCGAACGGUACAGGAACAUUACGUUGCCACACCUGGACCAGGAGCAGCUAAGUCUGGAGUGGCUUUACAACGUACUGGAACACCGCAAAGAGAAGGAACGUAUACUGUACGAAGAUCCGUGCGACGAAAACGGAUUCAUUCUGCUGCCCGAUCUGAAAUGGGACGGUAAAACGGUCGAACAGCUGUAUCUGCUGUGCUUGGUCCGCCGACGUGAUAUUCGUUCGCUGCGUGAUCUUACUCCGGCCCAUCUACCACUGCUUCGCAACGUACAGGCGCGCGGAACUUCCGCCAUCGAGGAACGUUACGGUAUCGGAGCAUCGCAGUUACGCAUCUAUUUGCACUAUCAACCCACAUUCUACCACUUGCAUAUGCACUUCACCUAUCUGCAGUACGAUCCCCCGGGAACGGGCUGUGAGAAGGCGCAUCUCUUAUCGACGGUGAUCAAUAACAUUGAGCUGGUGGGUGAUUACUACCAGCGGGCGACACUUUCCUACACGCUAAAGGAAACUGAUAAGCUGUACGCCAAGUUUCUCGCUGCAGCGGUCGAAGAACCUGCUGCAAAGCGCGUCAAAACGGAUCUUGACCCGUCGCAGUAGGCACGACAGCUGGAGAAGAAGAAGAAAAGAAGGAAAAAAGCGCCCACCCCAACAAAUCCUCACUAUCGAGCUAAAAGCUUCGUACCAAGCAUUGGCAGCUAUUUAUUGGUAGAGUUAUCAACCAUCAGACAAGCAAAAACAUGAUCCCGUCCACGGGUAAGAUUGAUCGGUUGCUGGUCGAGCUACGGCCACGGUUACAAUGCGCCAACUUCUUCAUCUCGUUCCCACGCAAGUUUGCCGACAUCGAAUCGACCACCAUCGAGCUGGCCACCGAUCGGAUAACGAUCGUUAUGAAGGGUGAGCGCGAGCGGUACGAAAUACGUACGGGCGACUACUUCCAGCUUCACACCCAAACGCUCAGCUCGCUCGUCAUUAAGAAUCGAUACAUCUGCUUCCGGGUGAACACGAACGAGAGUGUGUUCGGUUCCGAGCGGCUAUCCACCGGCCAGGCAAUGCAGGAUGAAGAGCCCUGCCGAUUAGCGUGUAAUGUGGAGGCUUGCAAAAAGUAUCGCGUUCUAUGCAACAACUGCGGUGGACCGCUAGUCGAACAGCCGUCCGACCAAGACGAGCCGGGAAUAUCGUUCAACCGCGUACUGGAGCUACCCUCGGAGCAGCUAGACACCGACGAUUGGUUCUGCCAUCGACACGAUCAUCAUCCAAGCGAUGGGGCGCAGCAGGACGCUAGCUGCCAGGGUGAAUCGUCCGCGCAGCUUAGCACGAAAUUUGAACCACAGCAGCACGAUCUUUUCUACGGCACCUUUUACGCGCUGCUACAUCGGUCCAUACUCCAGCGGGUUCAUAUCCGCAACGAACGGUUCGUGUACUGCAAGCGAUGCCUACAGUAUCUCGGCACCACCCGAAAGAAUCGAUCUUCGGUAAAGCUGUGGUACGAAAGCGUACGCUUCCAGCCGGAACGAUCGAUACCGCUGGCACUGUUUCGAGCGGACGAUGCUUUGGAGCUGUUUCACCAUCUCGUACGCAAGACGGUGCGCGAGUUCAACUUCGUCACUCAUCUCGGUCUUCCGCCGUCCAUAAAGCUAAUGUUUGAACUGCGCCGCCCCGGAAUGGAGGGAGACGUUUUCUAUCUGCUAAUGCAAAUCAUGGACUGCCAGCUAAGCGUGUUUCGUGCGAAGCAGAAGCGUACCGCAUCUGGAUCGUCCGAAUCGUGCUCGGAUGAUGUCGACGAUGAUCGAGGCAAAAGCGUGGAUCCGGAAACAGAACUCCUCCCCUCUAAUAGAGGUGGUGUGGCGGACGGCACAGCGGGAGAUGAAGAGGGCAACGAUGACGAUGAUGAUGAUGUGUUUAUAGAAAAUGCGUACCGAAAGCAUACGAUCAAGCUGGAACGGCACCGGGCCAUGAAGCUGAUGUAUCAGUACGAAAAGUACGACGAGCAGCCGCUGUACGUCUUCUGGCGGGAGGACAGUAACGUUGUCAAUCUGGAGCUUUCGGAACCGAUGUUCAGUGCAGCGGUACGCUAUCUGGACGCAAACUCCAGCUACGUGCCCGAAUGUUAUCGCGUGAAUCUUGGAUUUAGCAUGAGCUAUCUGGAUAUUUCUUAAAGCAGCAGCGUUGCGUGUACGAACGUAGAAGAACUUGACCACAAACCAAAAUCUGUUAUUGCCGGUAGUAGUGUAGGGAGUGAGAAGGAGGACGUGUUUUUCUGAAAAUAAAUGUUUUUAUGUGAAUGAAAA